AUGGCGACCGCAGACUCCAAAACGGGCACAACCUACGCCACUACCGAUUGGAAAAAGUACCAGCAAGGCCGACCGGCGUAUCCCCCUUCGCUUACUGAAAUUAUCUAUGACUAUCAUCGUCGCCAGUCAUCCGCAGGAUGGGAGCGUCUCGUCGACAUCGGUGCUGGAUCUGGCAUCGCCGCGACAAAUUUCAUGGCUGAUUUCAAGAUCAUUCACAAUUCCGAUCCCAGCCCAUGGAAUGAAGAACAAGCUCGCGCAUUUCUUUCAAAUUAUGCGAAGGAACAUGGACUAAGUCCCCAGCUGGAAUAUUCCCAAUCAACUGGAGAAGAGACCUAUAAACAUACGGGUGAAUCCACAGCAGAUGCCGUUAUUGUCGCAACAGCUGCGCACUUCAUGGACCCCGAUGGACUCGUUGAAUCAGCUGCGAAGAUCCUUCGUCCUGGUGGAACUCUUGCGGUGUACAGUUAUUGGAAUCCAGGUUUCCCAGGUUGCUCACAAAGCUUCCAUGAAUCCUUCGGAAAGACCUUCGAUAAUCUGGUCCUGAAAGCUCUAGAAUCAGGAGAUGAUGCAAACCGUGCUCGGCUUGCAAAAGUCAUUGAGCGCCGAAUGACGGGAGGCGGAUGUUUGGAUUCUCUUCCCUUGCCUUCGGAGCUCUUUGAGGAACCCAAACGCGUAUACAUCAAUGCUGGACCCGGCGAUAUCCCGUACAAAUAUCUAUACCAAAGAUUCGCUGCCCCGGGUAAAGAUGUAGGCGGUAUUUCUCGGGUGACUGCACGAGAUGAGAUUGUCCGGUACACAACCGAUGAAAACCCCGAGGCGGAUGGAUGGGCGUUUGACGCACCCAAGGAGUGGUUUCCUAACUUCUUCAAUACCAUCCGGCCGGCCAAUAGUACGAUGACAGAGGAGGAAACAAGAAAGGCAUAUAAUGAGUGGGAACAGGUAUUCGAUAUGGAAUGUCCCCAAGGAAUGGUGAGAGUUCAGUGGCCUUGUUAUCUUGUUUUGGCUAGAAGGAAGUAG